AUGGCUUUGAGCCCAAUGCUCUCGACCCUGUAUGUUCUUUGUUCUUCAGGAGUGUUCAUGAAACUAGAACUAUAUGAUGCUCAAUGGAACAGUGACAAAUUUUCCGAGUUAGAAUUUAGAAAUAGGAUAGCAUCUUGGCCUUUGAAACAGAUUAUGGCAAAGAUUAGUGCUGAGAUUAAGAGGGCGACAGAGUCUGCUGAAGGUUGUGUGAAAGACUUCAUCUUUGGAUCAAAAAGGCAACCUGAAAGAGAAAUUGAGAAGCUGGCCCUUGACAGUGCAAAGGAAUAUCAUUAG